AUGGCUGUGGAUAGUGUCGUGGCUCCUGGGCUCCGCGAGGCCGAGUCACACACGUUGGAACAGUACGAAAGAAUCGUUCGCUUUCGCGACGAGAUUCUCGCUGGUAGACAUGCCACUAUCAAGAUCCCCGAUUCUCUGAGGGAAGCUGCGCUCUCUUUAUCCACCCAUGAAUGCAGCCCAGGAUAUCAGCCUGGCCAAAAUAACACGGUAUUUGCCUCGAGUGCGCAACGCGCUGUAGGACCAUCCUCCACUGCCACGCCCAUCGUGGCACCACCUAUCGAGCCGCGCCCGCCAUUCCUUUCAAAACCCGAUGAGCUGUUGCGUGCCGAAUUACAAAUACAAAGGAAGCGAGCAGAGCAGGAGCUACAAGAAGAUGUGCGGAGAGUCGCCACCGGCAAGCAGUUUGGUCCAGGUCUGCAAGACGAUAUCGACGCCUCAGCUGUCCUGGCCUCUGCUUUGCUUGCGGUACCAGAACUGAGUUUCUCUGCCCAGGCACAGGAGGGCGCUGGCAGUGGCAAUGGUCCGGAACAUGAUUCUUUUGAUGAUAAUACGUUCUACUCAUCCCAGCACGACACGCCCGAAUUUCAGCCGGCGUCGCCGGUCCCUCUCAGCUCUGCAGCCCCUGCUGCCAGUAUUGUUCCUGCAAAACCGCCACCUGCGAAUGCAGCUGCAGCAGAAAAGACGCCAGAUGAGCGACGUAGUGUUAAUAAGCCACGCCAACUCCGCACUUAUGAGGAGCUCACCGAACCUCAUGUUCCGAAGCAGCAAGCGAGCAUUUUGCCAGGUUUGAACAAUUACAUUGACAAGUCGGUUGCAAGUUUGAGCCAGUCCAAACUUACUCCCUCUUCUGUGACGGCGUCUGUUGGUGGGCGAACGGCUCCAACUCAGUCAACUUCGUAUAUCGAUCUCCACCCUCCAUCGCCAUUACUUCAGAACAACGAGCGUACGCUGCCUAUCCACUCAGUCAAAAGCUACCCAGUCCAGCCACCACAACCGAGCGAGAUCCCUGGACUGCAUGGAAUGAUGCAGAAGCCUGCUCCCAACACCGGAGCCCCUGCUCAAGUGGCGGCGCUCCGGAGCGAACCAGGCUCAAGAACAAGUCCAGAGAGCUCGUCACAAGGCGGACAGCCGAAGCGCAAAAACAGAAGGAAGAAGAGAAAGUCUGAAAAGCAGGCGCUGGAAAGCCAGUCAUCAUUCGAAAUCAGCACGCAACAGAUCAAGGCUGAGCCACGAUCCCCUUCGCCUCUACCCGGACCAUCAUAUAUUCGACCGAACAAACGUCAGCGGCAGGCCAAGGCUCAGAACCAAAACGCAACACAUGACGAAAUGUCGUAUGAUCCGGCUAUGCCUAACGGACCCAGCAACUCCAAUGAUGUCCUCCAACGGGUUCAAACUCGACAGGAGCCAGCACCAACUGGUUAUGAGGGAAGUGGCGCCUAUUUUGCCGCAGCACCAGCCAUGCCUGACAGUACAAGAGUCGGAAGGGACUACGCGACUGACCGUGUAAUCACUGACGAUGGUUACAGACGAGAACAUAUCCCACAGUUAGCACUGCCUUACGACUAUUCCUCUCGUGGGCCACACAUGAGCAGACCUGUGCACGCUGAUCCGUAUCAAGACGGUGCGCUGCCCUAUGGAAAUUCCUCACGCCCCGCUCGUUACAGUGUCCAUACCGAGGGUGAUGGCUUUCAUGAGUCUACAAGAUCACAUCCAGCUAGAAUACUCGUUGAUGCAUAUGGUCGCGAAUAUAUCGAGCCUACACGUCAGCUUGUUCAUCAUUCUAUCGCGCCGUCACCAUUACCUGGCGAGCCUGACAGACUGUACGAGCGUGCCCCGGCACAGCCUCUUGCACGCUACCAAGGACCAGGAACUCUCGAGGAACGAGGGUACAUGUUUACUCAACCCGCCUCUCCAUAUGUUGGACCUAGACGUAUCCUGACACAGCCGGAAUACGUCACAUUCGAAAAUAGAGAUGGCCGGUACCGAGAGUACUCAACACGGCCGCUAGCUGCUAGUGGAGAGUUUGUUCCUGUACGGCCACAGGAGCACAGAAUAUAUGCAGAGGGGGGGCGGGAGUACAUCGGUAGAGCAUCGAGCAUGCACCCUGUUGAGCAAACUCGGAUCGCUAGUGGUUUGAGCUCUUACGGGCACGCCGCGAACGUUCGGCCUGAGGCAUCUGGAGUAGUGUAUGGCAUCGAGCGCAAUGCAGCACCGGGCGCCGUCAAAAGUUACGGGUCGUGGCCGAGCAAUCAAGGUAUGGUGGAACGAGAAGGCGGCAUUGGCUUGUACACGGGCACAGCACCGAACGCAGCAGGGAGCUCUCGCAGUACGGCUGGUCCAGAUGCCACUACAUACGGCCGCGGGAAUACGCAAGAUGGCUUCCGAUAA